UACGAUUUGGUUUAAAUUUUGCACGAAGUGUUUUGUUUUGACUUGCAAUAACUGUGUCAAGUAUGGUCCAAAUCGAUAGAUAACCUAAUAUAGCUCCUAUAUAAACCGAUCUCGAAUCUUGAUAUCCUUGAGCCGCUGGAGUGCGCAAUUCUUAUCCGAUUUGGCUGAAAUUUAGCAUGAUGUGUUUUGUUUUGACUUCCAACAACCGUGCCAAAUGUGGUCCAAAUCGGUUAAUAACCCGAUAUAGCUCCCAUAUAAACCGAUCUCGGAUCUUGACUUCUUGAGCCGCUAGAAGGCGCAAUUAUUAUACAUUUGGCUGAAAUUUUACAUGAAGUGUUUUGUUUUGACCUUCAACAACUAUGCCGAAUAUGGUCCAAAUCGGCUAAUAACUUAGCCGGGGUAUUUUGGGGACAAUAACUGUGGUCAACAUUGAUGUUUCUAAUUGAAGACAAAUAUUUUGUUAGUGGAGAUAUUUUUGUAUAUUUAAAAAGAGACAAUCGAUAGACUAGCAUUUCGAUUCCACAUUCACCAUUUCCAGGCUGAUUAUGAUUUUUUUUCUGAUUUUUUUUCUCUUUCAUGUCCAAGUUUGUACUUAUUUUUGACACACAGUGUAUGAUUGGCCAAAUGCAUCAUCGAAGUAUCCGCAUCAUUGUGUUACCAAAUUUUUUAAUUUCUUUCCUCAAUAAGGAACAACUGUCUGCGUGGCACCACAAGAAAAAAACGUCAAAAACGACAGUAAACAGUUUAGUUGGAUAAAAUAGAAAUUAUGAAUGUAGUUUAUCAAUUUUUUCGUAAUAACCACAUAUUGGCCAUAUGCGAGGAUUGCUAUUUGACUAAGAAUUUUACAUUAAAUUUGUCGCGAUUUGAAAUGGUUGAGGUUCCGGAUUUAGUACAAAAAUGUGAAAUAAUAUUGAAGUUAUUUUUAAAUCAUAAUCAUUUGACCCGUAUACCUGCGUUUAUAGCCAAUUUGACUCGACUGCAAGUGCUAACCUUGGACUACAAUAAACUUUGCGAGUUUCCUGUUGUAUUGUGUCAGCUAACAAAUUUGAAAUCAUUAAACAUCAGUUGUAAUAAUGUACAAACACUUCCCAACGCCAUUGGACAGUUAAUUCAUUUAGAGACGUUCUGGUGCAACAAUACUGGGCUACUGAAGCUGCCUGAUGAAAUAGGUAAAUGUAGUCGUCUCGAAACGCUGGGCGUACGAGGCAAUCAGUUAGAAUCCUUACCUAUAAGUUUAAAUUCUUCGAAAAAAUUGCGAUGGUUAACUGCGGAAAAUAAUCGAUUGUCUGCUAUUCCGGAUGGCUUGGAAUUGAAAAAUCUCCGGCACCUUAACUUAAAAAGUAAUCAUUUGACAAAGGUUCCUGCAUGCCUGCGAAAUAUGAAACACUUACAGUACGUCUUUAUAAAUAAUAACCGUAUUAGCAGUCAUGGCCCUGAAUCCCAGGAAUUAUUAAAAUCAUUGGAAUUUAUAAGAAUGGUUAAUAUAUGCGAUAAUCCCCUUUGCGAAGUGGCCGACGUUCAAAUGCAACUUAAGGAACACAGCAAUAUAAUCUGUGACAACCUAAUCCUACAACAGACUGACAAUGGUGCUAACGAAGAAAAUGACGAAGAUGAUGAUGACGACGAUGACGAUUGGGAAAAUAGUAUAGAAACCAGUGAUAUAGAUUCUACAGAAGACUCCAGUAGUCCUGAAAAUGAUAUAGAGGAUAUAUCCAUUCUUAUACCUGAAUUGUCUCGCUACAUAACAAAUUUCAGUUAAAUGCUGGCCACCCGGACAACGUUUCUAUUUUAUUUAUUUUAAAUUCUGAAAAUGGAAACUUUGCUAUAGAAACUAUCAAAAAUAAUGUAACAACUAAAUGGAUCAUAUACAUAUAUUGUUAUUUGUAUUACAAAUAAAUUUUUAGUUUGACAUUUUCUUCAUAA